AUGUCCAGCAGAGUUGGCCAAGUGAGUGAUCUAAGGAUUGUUCUUCUGGGGAAGAACGUGGCAGAAAACAGUCGAGUGGGAAACUUCCUGUUAGGACGAGCAGCGUUUGACAGUGAAGCUCCUCCAGGUGUUGUAGAGCGAGUCGGAGGAAGACUGAAGGACAGACAUGUGACCAUCAUCAACAGUCCUCAGCUGCUCCAGAGAAACAUCUCAGAUCAUCAGAUCACACAGACAGUGAGAGAGUGUGUGUAUCUGUCUGAUCCAGGACCUCAUGUGAUCGUGCUGCUCCUCAAACAUGAGCAGUGUUCAACAGAAGAUCACAAGUGUGUGGAGAAGGUGCUGCACUCUUUCUCUGAGUGUGUUUUUCAAUACAGCAUGGUGCUCACGACACAAGAAACCAAUGAAACCAAUGACAUCCUACAGAAAAUCAUUCAGAAAUGUGCAAACAGACACUUCAGUCUUCAGAGGAGCAGCUCUCCUGAUGAUCUUCUGCAGAUGUUUGAGGACAUUGUGAAAAUGAAUGAUGGACAUCACCUGGUUUGUGCUGAGUAUGAAGGUUCACAGUAUCUGACAGUGAAACAACAGCCAAUAGAAAGAUAUGGUGUGAAGCUGAAUCUGGUUGUGUGUGGAAGUGAUGGGACAUUAAAAUCCUCCAUAUCAGAGCGGAUCCUGCAGCAGACAGACAGAAGAUCAGAUGUGGAGCUUCAUGGAUAUCAGAUCAGUCUGGUGGAGCUUCCAGCUCUGUUUAACAUUCGGCUCUCAGAGGAGGAAGUGAUGCGUCAGACUCUCCACUGUGUGUCUCUCUGUCAUCCUGGAGUUCAUGUUUUCCUCCUCAUUAUUCCUGAUGCUCCACUGACUGAUGAAGACAAAGCAGGAAUGGAGGAGAUCCAGAGGAUUUUCAGCUCAAGAAUCAACAAACACAUCAUGAUCCUCAUAAUGCAGGAUUCACAGCAUCAGACAGAAGAACUCAAUGAAGAAACAAAGUCUGUCAUUGAGAGUUUUGGAGGACGACAUCAUUUCUUUGGUCCCAGCACACAAGUGUCCACAUUGAUGGAGAAAAUCAAGCAGAUGCUGGAAGAAAACAGAGGACAGUUUUUCUCUGCAGAGACAUUUUUGGAGGCUCAGAUGAGAAAACUGCUGCAAUUUGAAGAGAUGAAGAAAAAAAUGCAUUCAUUAGAGACACAUUUUCUGUCCAAGGGUCCAACAGACAGCCAAGAUGAUCUGAGGAUUGUGCUGCUGGGAAAAACUGGAGUUGGGAAGAGUGCUACAGGAAACACCAUUUUAGGAAGAAAUGCAUUUAAAGCAGAAGAAUCUUUUCAAUCAGUGACCAGUGAGACUCAGAGAGAAACAGUCGAAAUCAACGGCCGACAAAUUACUGUGAUCGACACUCCAGGACUGUUUGAUACUGAACUUACUAAUGAGGAGAUCCAGAAAGAAAUCACCAACUGCAUCUCCAUGGUACUGCCUGGACCACAUGUGUUUCUCUUACUGAUCCCACUGGGACGAUUCACUCCAGAAGAAGCUAAAUCAGUGAAGAUCAUCCAAGAGACGUUUGGUCAAAAUUCUUUAAUGUACACCAUGGUGCUCUUCACCAGAGGAGAUGGUCUGAAGAACAAAACCAUUGAACAGUGUUUGGGGAAACCUGGAUCUCUUUUGAUGAAUCUAAUAGAAGCUUGUGGAAACAGAUACCAUGUGUUCAAUAAUAAUCAGACUGAAGACCGAACACAGGUGUCUGGUCUGCUGGAAAAGAUAGACGCCAUGGUGGAAGCAAACGGUGGGAGUUUCUACUCAUGUAAGAUAUUCAGAAAGAUGGAAAGAGAAAAACAAGAACAACAAAUGAAGUUCUUGAUGGAGAGAGUGGAGCAACUGAACAGAGAAAGAGAAGAGCUGACAAAGAAACACGAAGAAGAGAAAGAAAGAAUGCAGAUGAUGAUGGAGGAACAAAGACAAAAUCAUGACAAAGAGAUGAAGAGGAGUGAAGAAGAAUUUAGAGAGAGAGAAAUACAAUAUAAAAUGGAAAUGAGAAGAGAACGAGAGGAAUGGGAGAAACAGAAAAAACAAGAUGAAAGGAUGAGAAGAGCUGAAGAGGAUGAGACAAGAAGAGAGAAGAAACAGAGAGUGUGGAAUGAAUUUAAUCAAAGAUUUAAACAAGAGAAAGAGAGAAUGAAACAAAAGAAAUAUGAUCUUCAAUCUAAACAAGAAGCAGAAGAAAACAUGAAGCUCCUAAUGGAGAUAGUGGAGGAAAUGAACAGAGAAAAGGAAGAUCUGAUGACCAAACUAAAAGAAGAGAAAGAGAUUAUGAAGACGAUGAUAGAAGAAGAAAGACAAAACCAUGACAAAGAAAGAAAGAGGAGAGAAGAGAAACUCAAAAGAGAAAUAACAGAACAAGAGGCACAUCAGAGAGAAAUAAGAGAUGAGAUGAGACGAGAACGAGAGAUGUUCGAACAUGAAAUUGAGAAAAUGAGGCAAGAGAAAGAGAAAAGACUGAGACAAGAAAGAGAGAGAGUUGAAACAGAGAAAGUAGAUCUUCAUUCUAAACAUGAAAUACAAGAAAACAACAUGAAGAUCCUGAUGGAGAGAGUGGAGCAAAUGAACAGAGAAAAAGAAGAAAUGAUGAGAAAACUAGAAGAAGAGAGAGAGGCCAUGAAGAUGAUGAUAGAGGAAGCAAAACAGAACCAAGAAAAAGAAAGAAAGAGAAGAGAAGACGAAGAUAAGAAGAGGUGGGAGCGAGAGAAACAGAUCUCUGACGAACAGUAUCAGAGACUCAAGAGGGAAAUGGAGGAAGUGAUCAGAGAGAAAGAAAGAGUAGAACGAGAGAGACAAGAACAACUAGAGGAGUUUGAGAAGAGACUGAAAGAAGAAAGAAACAUGAUAGAAGACCAACAAAAGACGUUUGAAGAAAAACUCCAACUACUUGAAGAACAGCAUGAAGAGAAACUAAAUAGAAGACAGUUGGAGAUGAAAGAGGAAGUACAGAGAGAAAAAACAGACACAGACACAACAGGAGCCAGUCCAGAUCAACACUUUCAAAAGGAAAAGACUGAAAGAGAAAAAAUAGAGCAACUAUUUCACAGACUUCAUCUCGACGAGAACAAAAAUAAACUGAAAACUGUAGAAGUUCUUCAGUUAACUGCUCAUUUAUUAAAGGCCCAUAAGUCUUGUGCUGAGGAGAAGCUGGUUUGGAUUUUCAUAAAAAAACUACUGAUGAUGAACUACAGAGCAACAUACACUUAUGUUGAAGAUACCAAUGGACAGCAUGAUUCACAACAAAGAGAUAGUGAUGAUUUGAAAGAAAUGUCCAUGUCUAAUGAAGAAACAGGCCAAUCUGAGCGAAUUCACCCAAUGGAUGUUCAGAUGGCAGUGUUUCAUUGUGCUGAUGGUUUCCUGAAGCAGCUGAUGGUCACUAAACUGUCCCAGUGUCAGUACGCUCUGCCUCUACUUGUUCCUGAUCCAUUCACUCAACAGAUUGAGUUUCCUCUCUGGACGUUCAGACAAAUCAACAAGAGCUGGAAGAUGACCAACACCAACAAUGAAAUCAUCAGUCAAACCCAGACCAUCUACAAGGCAGAAACUCCAAUGGUGUUUUUCUUCAGGUUUGGCUCGGUGUCUUCAUCCAAGUCUCAGCUGAUGAACAGUCUGAUCAAUGAGAAACACAACACGUUCUUCCACAGGAACUGUCCCGGCAGCAGCAAAAACAGAGUCCUGAUGGAUGGAGUGGUGGAGAUUGCCUGGUUCUGCCCUUCUGGAACAAAUGAUGAUAAAUUCACUGACUGUGUUGCAUUCUGUAAUCUACACGGUGACGCAGGAGACCAUGAGAAACAGCUAGAGAUCCUCACUGAAAUGGCCUCAGUCAAUGUUGUUCUUUUACCACAACUUGACAGGAAUGAAAGCGUUAAAAUUAUCCAAAAUCUGUACACAAACAAAAAGCCACUCAUUUGUCUUCUUACUGAGGAUGAAUCUACUGUAACAGAGAUUAAUAACACAAAAUUCAAAAUCGGUCUGAAGGAAAGAAGUAAUUCAGAUGCAUCUGAAGAACUCAGGAGAGCUAUAAAUGAUUGUCUGUCAGAAACUUCUUUCACUUUCAGACUUGAAGAUGUGUCCAAACACUCAGACAUCAGAAUAAAUGAGGAAGAUGAUGAUGACUGCAGGAAAGGAAGAGAAGCAGCACAGCAGAUGAUGAGUUUACUGGAGAAGAAAGAUCUGAGAGAAAUUAAAGAAUCAUUUCUGCCUCAUCAGGGGAAACUGUGGCAUCAGUGGAGUCAGAUGAACAAAGAACUACAUCGACCUCGAGCGGAUGAGACAGAAAUGGACAUCAGCAGAAAACAAGCCAACCUCACGAGAUUACGUGAGCAGCAGCAUGCAUUUAACUUAAGUACUUUUAUACAGUUCUUUAUUAAAGAAUUUAACUUGCUUGCUGAGAAUAAAAUCUACUUUCUAAAAUGGCUUGAAAUCUUCCUGGAUGAAUAUAUUUCAAUGGAUAUGUCUGUUCUUCAUCAGAAUUAUGAUGAACAGUGGUCAGCAGUUGUAAAACUGAAAGAGAAGAAUUAUAAACCUGAACAACUCAAAACGGAACAAGAGGAAUUUGAGAGAAUAUAUGAGGAAAUUCAAAUGGCGGGCUUUGGUUUGGAGCACAUCAUGAGGGAGAUCGGUCAGAUCUAUGAAUCAUGUUCAUCUGUGAAGAAGAACAAGAAAGACCUGCAGGUUCACUUCUCUUCUCUCCCGAGUCUUGCAGCUGAGAUGAUGAUCUCUGGAUUUCCACUGGAGCUGAUGGAUGGAGAUGCUGCUCAUGUUCCUGUGAUCUGGGUCUCUGCUGUUCUAGAUCAACUCAUCCAGAAACUGGGAGACCAGAGAGUCUUUGUGCUGUCAGUUUUAGGGAUUCAGAGCUCUGGGAAAACUACCAUGCUGAACAUCAUGUUUGGACUCCAGUUUGCCGUCAGUGCUGGGAGGCGCACCAGAGGAGCUUUCAUGCAGCUGGUCAAAGUGUCAGACGAGAAGAAAACACAGAUGAACUUUGACUAUAUUCUGGUUGUGAAUUCUGAGGGUCUUGGGGCUCUAGAACAGUCUGGAAGAUCAACAAGAGAUCAUGACAAUGAAUUGGCCACAUUUGUUGUAGGUCUUGCAAAUCAAACCUUGAUCAGUAUAUUUGGAGAAAACCCAUCUGAGAUGCAGGACAUUCUUCAGACUGUUGUUCAGGCCUUUAUGAGGAUGAAGAAGGUCAGACUGAAUCCCAGCUGUGUGUUUGUGCAUCAGAACGUCUCAGACGUCACAGCUAGAGAGAAAAACAUGGAGAGAAGGAGACUACUGCAGGAGAAACUGGAUGAGAUGACAAAAAAUGCUGCUAAAGAUGAAGGCUAUGAUGCGGAAUGUUUCAGUGAUGUCAUUAGAUUUGAUGUUGAGAAAGAUGUGAAAUAUUUUGCUCAGCUCUGGGAAGGCGGCCCACCAAUGGCACCACCAAACCCAAACUACUGUGAGAACAUUCAAGAACUAAGGGAAACUAUUGAGACUUAUGCAUCAAAAUCACAUGGAAUGACGCUGACACACUUAAAAGAUCGUGUUAAAGAUCUUUGGGAUGCUUUACUGAAGGAACAAUUCAUCAUCAACUUCAAAAAAUCUCUGGAGAUUUCAGCCUACAGGAAACUGGAGACCGAAUACAGCAAAUGGUCCUGGAGUCUGCGCAGUGCCAUGAUGGAAACUGAGAACAAACUGCACAAUCAAAUAGAAAAUGAAACAAUUCAUGAAGUUGAGGAAACUAAUCUUCAGAGAGAAAUGAAGAAGACAAGUGAACAAGUGACAAAAUCAAUGUCUGAUUUUUUUGACAAAGACACUGACGCUGAAAUACUGAUUCAAUGGAAAACAUCAUUUGAAAUCAAAAUCAAAGAACUUCAGGAAAACAUUGUGAGAGAAACAAAGAGGAAAUUAAAUCAGAUUCUUCAGCAGGAAGACCUGAAGAAAAAGAUUGAUGCUCAGAGGACACACCAUGAAAACACUCUCAUUGAAAAGAGCAAAAAACUUGCCUUAGAAUUCAAAGAUAAAACAAGUGAUGCAGAAAUACCGAAGAAAGAGUUUGAUUUGUUUUGGAAACAGUGUGUGAAGACGAUCAUCACAGAGAGUCCUCCAAUCAAAGACAUUGACAUAAUCAGAGAUUUGAAACUCCUUCUCAGUGACAUCUAUAAAAGUGUUUCUGUGGACCAACGGAUGGAGAAAAGUGAGAACAAGGAUGUGUUUUCUGUACCGAGUUAUUCAGAUUAUGUACAGCUGAAGAAAUCCAGUGGAUUUACAGGAUCAGGAACAAACAUCCGCAGAUCAACUAAGAAGUUUGGUGACAGUCUAUCAAGAGAGGAUGAAGCCCAAAUAAGAUCAUUAGUAACAGACAUUGCUCAGCAUACAGACUCAAUGAUCAUGUCAUUUAACAUUUCAAAGAUGGGCUACAACAUCAGAUGCAUUCAACAAAUCACAGAUUACAUCAAGAAGAUGGUAACAGAACAUCAGGAAGGACCAGUGAAAUAUGUGUUCAAGAAUGAAUUCUUCAGGGAUUUGGUUCUUUCUAUCUGUAUGAGAGCAAACAAGAUGAUCACUGACCAACACAGACUUUUCAAGGAUGCCAAUGAUCCUGCAAUAUAUGUUAAGAAGAAGAGAGAAGAGUACUAUAGUAGUUUUAAAAAAUACUGUCAUGAAGCAACAUCAGUUACCAUUUUUGGUGAGAUCAUCUGUCAGAAACUGAAAGAGCCCAUUGAGCAGAGUGUCUACAAGCAGACUGCCAGAGAUUUAGCAGAUGAAAUCAGAAUAAACUGUGAAUCACUGAAUGGAAACCGAUCAAAACUGGAGAAAUACAUCCUGAAGACACUGGCAGAAGAGAAUGAUUUUGACAAAUACAUGAACUACAUUCAUAAUCCCAGAGAUCACUUCAAGAGUUUCAUCAGAGAUGAAGUCAGUCGGUACAUCACUGGUAAGUUCAGUCUCAGUGUUUUACCCAAGAUGAAGGAGAACAUUAAAUUCCUGCAGCAGAAGAUCAUGGAAGCAGCUCAUGAAUCUACUGAAGGUGUUCAAGAGAACAAUGGAAAUGUUGGUUUUUGGUUGAAGAGCUUCACACAGCAGCUCUCAGACGUGUUGAUCUUCUCUGAGAAAAACCUCAGUGGAGUGAAAAAUGAUGAUGUUGAGGAUUUCAGCCUCCUACAAAAUGCAAUAAGAGAUAAACUUCCUGAUGUAAUAUCUGAGAUCAGCCUCAGAUUCAACACAAAGGCUUUUCCCAAGAAUCUGGACUAUAAGUUCAGACCAGAUGAGCUUCUGAGUGAUCACUUCUGUCAGUGCUGUUGGGUUCAGUGUCCAUUCUGUAAAGCUACCUGCACCAACACCAUAGAAAACCAUGAUGGAGAUCACAGUGUUCCUUUCCAUCGUGUUAUUGGACUAAACGGGAUGCAUUACAAGAAUACAACAAACUUGUCUACUAGCAUCUGCACAUCAGCGGUAGCAAGCAAUCGAUCUUUUUAUCCCGAUACCUCAGAUGAUAACGUCCUCUGGCAACAAUACAGGACAGCAGGAGGGGAUUAUGCAGACUGGAGCAUCACCUCUGACCUCUCUGAGCUGCCGUACUGGAAGUGGUUUGUGUGCAGAUUCAAGAAAGAUCUGGAAAAAUACUACAAUAAAACAUUUGAGGGGAAGGGGAAGAUACCAGAUGAAUGGAGAAAAUGUUCAAAACAGGAUGCUAUUGAAAGUUUGGAUCAAUAUAUUUGAGGAAAUAGAUACAGAAUGAGACUGCAACAUUGGAUUCUUCUCAGAUCACAGUUAGAGAAGAAUUUCAAUUUCAAAUCUCAGCUAAUACUUCGGAUACAAGAUGCUGAGUGACAAGACCUAGUUCCUCAUACAAGCAUCUGCAAAACGAUUUGCGCUUCAAAACAUCAUUUUUACAGAACACACUUUUUUUUUGACAAAAAUAUAAAGCUCCAAAUUUUCAAAUAAGGCUAUUUUUGAUAGAAUGUCAUAUAUGACCAUGAACGUAUAUGAGUGUGAAUAUGUAAAU